AAAGAACUGGUUGAAAUAAACCUAAAUCAACAGAGGAUCCAGAAAGACAAAGAGAUCUGUCCCCCAUGACCAAACAAGCAACACCUAGCAGUGGACUGAACUGGAGAACAAAGAGGAAAAAUUGUCAGGAGUCUUUGCCAGCCCAUCGGAGAAACUCGCACAUGUGGUCCAAUAUGAAAGGGUGACACCUCACAGAGUGCCUGCAGCUCCUGGGAAGAGAGACCUUUCUGCUCAAUUUAACAUGUAUCCGGACAACGUUCAUUACAGCAUCCGUGCAGAAGGAAGGGACUAUGUUCUCCGACUGGAAAAGAACAAGGGACUGAUUGGGGAGCACUACACUGAAACCUAUUACUCAGAAAAUGGCACCGAGGUCAUUGAGAGGCCAGACACUCAGGAUCACUGCUUUUAUCACGGGCAUGUUCAUGGUCACAGUGAUUCAGUGGCAAGCAUCAGUACCUGCAGAGGACUCAGUGGAUUUUUCUGGGCUGAUCAGACAGUCUAUUUAAUUGAGCCGUUGGGCGGUGAUGAUAAGGGGGAGCACGCGGUGUACCGAGCGGAUCACCUGAGAAUGAAGCGUGGAACCUGCGGAGACGCCAAUGUCACUUUGGAAUACGACCAUGAACCAAAAGUUGCUGCCGCAAUGAAGCCCCAUCACUGGAAAUCGGCUCCAUUUCAGAAAGGGACUCGAUAUGUGGAGCUGGUCUUGGUCGUGGACAAUGCGGAGUACAAGAAAUCCAAAGACAUGCGGACGAUUCAGAAUCGCAUGAAGGAAAUUGUGAAUCACGUUGACAAGCUUUAUCAGACUCUCAAUAUCCGUGUGGCAUUGAUAGGCCUGGAAGUCUGGAGUUACAAAGACAGGAUCACUGUGAGUCCAAACCCAGACACCACACUGGACAAUUUUCUUCACUGGCGAGAGACUGAACUGUUACAGAAGAAGAAGCAUGACAAUGCCCAACUGAUCACAGGCAUAGACUUCCAGGGCACGACGGUGGGGCUGGCCAAGAAAUAUGCAAUGUGCACCAGGGACUCAGAAGGAGUAAAUCAGGACCACAGUUUGAAUCCUAUAGGAGCUGCCUCAACUGUGGCUCAUGAGAUGGGACACAACCUGGGAAUGUCUCAUGAUGAAGAUGUUGGUGGAUGCAGCUGCUUGGCCCCAAAGACUGAUGGAGGAUGCGUUAUGGCAGCUAGUGUUGGCAUGAUUUACCCAAAGUACUUCAGCAGCUGCAGUAUAAGUGACCUGCAGAUGUUUCUAAGUGAUCCCCGGACUAGCUGCUUACUGAAUAUCCCCAAGGCUGAUGAGCUGUAUGGGGUGCCUGUCUGUGGAAACCAGUUUUUAGAGCGAGGGGAGCAGUGUGAUUGUGGGACGCCCAAGGAAUGCAGGGAUCCCUGCUGCAACGCCACCACCUGCCAACUAAGUGAGGGAGCAGAAUGUGCUAUGGGAGAAUGCUGCCAACAGUGUAAGGUGAAGGCUGCUGGUGUGUUGUGUCGUGCCAGUAAGAACAGCUGUGAUCUGCCUGAGCACUGCACUGGCCUCUCAGCGGAGUGCCCGGAGGAUGUCUUCCAAGAGAAUGGUGUGCCGUGCCAGUAUGGGAAUGGCUACUGUUACAACGGGGUGUGCCCCUCGCAUAGCGAGCACUGCCGCACGCUCUGGGGCGCAGAGGCCCAGGUGGCCCCUGAUAUCUGCUUUGAGUACAAUGGCCUCCAGAGGGACUACCUGCAUUGCCUGACAGAGAACGGGAAAAGGCCCUGCAGCCCAAAAGACAUAAAGUGUGGCACACUGCAUUGCCUGAGUGGGAACAGGAACCCCAUUGGAGGGGGUGGCGUCUACUCCCUGUCUCUCGGGAGGGUGACCUGCAAAGUAGCUGUCACUGACAAGGAAGAAAGUGACAUGGUGGCGAAUCUUGUGAUGGUACCAACGGGCACCAAGUGUGGGGAGGAAAUGGUCUGCUAUGCUGGGCGCUGCCAGAACCUCCUGAUUUACGGUGCCAAAAACUGCUCUGCAAAGUGCAACGGUCAUGGGGUCUGCAAUCACAAGCGGGAAUGCCACUGUGAGCCCGGCUGGGCUGCACCCUACUGCGAGCGGAAGCUCUCGGAGAUUGCAGCAGGUGGAAGCAGCGUGGUUGUGGCAGCUGUGCUGACAGUGGUGGUGCUGGUAGCCAUGCUGACUGUUGGAGGCUUUGUGUUCUACAAAGGCAAUGGGAAGAAAUACUUCCAGAAAGGGAGAAUUGUGACCAGCACCACCAAGGGGCUCUCCAACCCCAUGUUUCAAGAGGGCAGCAAUACCAGGAACGUGAGGCAUGAGCUGCAGAGUUGCGACAUCAGCAGCCCAAAUCUGAUCUCCACAACCUCAGACCUGAAGAGCCCCAGGUCUGUGUACGUGCCCAUGACUCCCAGCAGGCCGCCACCCAAGGUUGCUGUUAAACCCAGUGUGGCACGUCCCCCACUGGUCUCUGCAAAGCCCAAACCAGCUGCUGGCGAGGUGAAGCCGAAGCCACCGACCCGGCCUCUCCCCGAGCUGAGAAGCAAACAGCAUAAGGCAGAUAAGCUGAAUGGCUGUAGCAUGGAGGGGACCAAAUUGUCAGCUCUGCCUAUCCCACCUGCCAAACCUGCUGCCCUGACGUGUCAAUCCAGCCAGCCCCAGCAGGCCGCUUCCUUGAAGGUGGCACUGAAGCCUCCAGCUUCACGGAGAUGACCCAGACUGUGGCGGCUGGGACAGCGAGGCGUGGCUGGCUCCAGCGUUUUGUCUAGAAUGAUUGAGCAUUUCUGCUUCUUGCUUAAUGGUACUCGACUCGCUUGGCAGAGUCUUACUUCAAGGUCUUGAGUGUUUACAUGAAAUGCUUGACUCAGCUGUGCCUUAACACAGAUGCUGUGGCUGCACAAUACAGCAGGGCUGGCCAGCAAUGGCUGCUUAGAGGCUGGGGGCGGCUAACACCAGCAGAUGUAGGGAAAUGUUCUCAGGUUUUUAUUAGUGAAAAUGCAAGGCCUUUCCAAAAGUACAAAGGAGGGACAUGCCUCUCAAACCAGAGUCCCCCUCUUCCCCCCAUGCAGGCAUGGGGGGGUGGGGGGAGCUCCGGGGACAGUUCCUAUUUCUGUGCCAUGUAUGAUCUCUAGCAACGAGCCCAGCAGAUCAUUGUGUCAUGGCAACGCACUGUCGAGACCACACAUCCUAGUAUGGAACAUGUCAGCUAGAUCCAGGGGCCUAGCCCCAGUAUUGCAGGCUGGCAACUGUAAUC